CAGCUCCAGGAUUAAUGUAAUCAUUCGUCUCCCAUUGGAAGUUUUGCUUUUUAAACUGACCAAUCAGCAGUAGGCGGUCCGGCGGUGUUUCUGGUCCGGGUGGAAACACGGCGGUUUGUUGUAAUCCGUGUUUAGCGGUAAAGGCUGAUGGUUCUGGGUUGAUCAAGUGGGCAAACAGACCUGGAGCUGAGAAGUGUCAUGUUGUGUUGCAGCAGCGGUCGGCCAUGUUGGGAAUGAGCUGCGUCCUCAAUCAUCUGCGUGCAGAGAGAGGAUUCCUGCUGCGUCUCCAGAGGACGGGCCAGACCCAGCCGUGUCUCAGUGGACAGCUUUCUCAGCGGACUCUGACCCGGCCCUUCUCCCGGGCUCCACACUCUGCGGCCUCUCAGGCCAGACUGAAGCUGCGGACCCGGCUGGCGGUGACGCUGCUGUUCGGCGGCGGCCUGCUGGGCGUGUGGUGGUACGUGGACUCUGAGAAGCAGCAGAGGCUCCGGCAGCAGCGCGUGGAGCAGCUCAGGAAGGUGGCUCUCGGUCAAGGGGCCUUCAGCCUGCUGGACCACACGGGCCGGCGCCGGACCAAGCAGGACUUCCUGGGCAGCUGGGUGCUGAUGUACUUCGGCUUCACGCAUUGUCCUGACAUCUGUCCCGAAGAGCUGGACAAGCUGAGCGCCGUGGUGUCCGCUCUGGACCGGGACCCGUCCCUGCCGCCCGUCCAGCCCGUCUUCGUCACGGUGGACCCGGAGAGGGACGACGUGGCGGCGCUGGCCCGCUACGUCAAAGACUUCCACCCCCGGCUGAUCGGGCUGACGGGGACCCCGGAGGAGGUGAAGCACGCGGGCCGGGACUACAGGGUGUACGCCAGCGCCGGGCCCAAAGACGAGGACGGCGACUACAUCGUGGACCACACCAUCCUGAUCUACCUGCUGAGUCCGGAUGGACUGUUCCUGGAUUACUACAACCGGCUGAAGAGCCAGGAGCAGAUCGUGGAGAGCAUCAGGAACCACGUCCACAACUACGUCAGCCUGUAGAGACUAACGGGGCUUCCUCUGACUACCCACAAUGCACGUGUUGACCCUCCUCAGCGUCUUUAUUAUGUUAAACAGAAUGAUGAACAUGUUUUCUUCAAAGAGCUAAUUCAAUAAAAACAAGCAGCUGAA